AUGCGUGCCUGCCUGCUGUCUGCACAACCCAAGCGUGUGCUGGAGAUAACAGGCCAACGAAAGGAGACCUUCUGCCUGCCCGCUGAGAAAGAAGGAAGGCAACCACAAGGCAGCAAGGGUGAAAGCAGCUCUGUGCAGGAGCCAGCCCCCUUCGGAGUCCCCCUGAGGAGGGAGGGGGUUCUGCUCUUUUUGUCCAUGCUGCUCUGUGGCCUGGCUGGCCCCACACAUCUCUUCCUGCUGUGCCUGGUCAAGGCCAAGGUCCUGUUGGGUAACUACUGCUUCCCAGAGAGCCUGAUGGGAUGCAGGGAGUCUCGGCGGGCUGAGAGUUGUGAGAGCCUGGGCACCUCGGACCCUCAGACACUGGGCCACAUCCUGACGGCGGGCAGGAGGGCAGAGCUUCUUGAACCACUCCACCACCACCACCACCACCACUACCACUGGUCACCUCCUUUGAGCCCACAGCAAGUCCCAGCACUCACCUGCCUCACAGAGGAACUGGCUGCCUGGUACAAAGGGCACCGCCAUGGUGUUCUUGAGGGCAGCAUGGUCCUGCGGGUGAACAACAUCUUGAGCCAGGAGGUGGUGAGCAAGCUCGGGGGCUUCCUGAUGGCCAGUGUCUGGAGGGAGCUCAGGGGCCCUGCAUCGGGGCCACAUUUCUGUCAUCCCUACACCAUCUCCUACCUUCACCCACGAAACUUGGCCUCGCACCUGGACACCAUCUAUGAGCGCCCAUCCCAUACAACCACCGAGACCGGGACCCUACCCAGGUCCUGGGGGAGGUCCAGUGCCCACAAGUUGGCUCUCACCAGGAGCCCCACUGCUGGAGUGGAGAGAACAUGCUCACACCCUCAGAGGCGCAGGGCUGUCGCAGUGCGCAAGCGAACCGGGCACCUCGGCCUCCUGAUGUCGAGGCUAGGCCAGUCCCAGUUCUUCCUCACGGUGCCUGUAUCCAGACUCAGGGCCCCUGGGCGGGACAACCCACUGUGGGAAGGCAGUGGGCGCUGCCCUGUAUGGAGACGCCACCUAGCAGGCCCCAGAGGAGGCCCUGGCCAUCCGCAGCCUGUGCAGGGCCUGCAGGAACUAGCGCUGGGGGAUCACGUGCCCGCCCUGUGCCCUGGCCCACGUGGACAUCACCACUGUGGCUCCCAGGAGGGUCUGGCCGCUCAGCGCUGGUCUGCAGGGUGUGUCCCAGGCUGUGUCCACACUGUGACCCAGGACCCAGGCUCCUGGUACAGGCCUCGGGCCCCAGGAACUUCCAAGGGGCCUGAGCCUGGGGCAGCAGCCCCCCAGGAUGUCCCAGUGGUGCAGGAGAAGUUUCCCGGCGGCCCUUGUGGACUCCGGGUUCCGGGGUCCAUGCUGCUGGGCCACGUGGGCUACCCGUUUGGGCCUCUUUGCCAAGGCCUCUGUGCUGGGGCACUGGGCCCGUGCAUCCUGUGGCAGGUGUGGGGGUCUCUGCGUCGCAAGCCCCUGAUGGUGGACCUGUGCAUGAACCCCCGGGGAGGGCCAUCUUCCCAGGUGUCCCUGCUGCUGUCCUUCCUCCAGGCCCCGAACGCCGGGGCAUUUGCCUCUUCACUACCUAGGACCACAGCAUCAAGGUCCCACACGGGAAGGAAGGGGGUUUGCUGGGACAGCACUGAGGCUCCUGGGCUCACCACCAAACAGCCAGGCCCCCAAGGAGCCGGCCUUCCUCCUGCCUUCACCAGCUGGACCACGCUGGUGGCAUCAGCAGCAGCCGCAGCGAGUGCUGGCUGGGGUCAGCGAGGCGCCGCCAUCGGGCUGGCCAAGGAGGCCCUGGACAGGGCCCAGGAGUGCUGGUGUUGCACCGGGGCCUGGAGUCUCCGUAGAGGGCACGUGUGUCUGCUGAAGACUCAUGCACAGCCUGAGGCUGUCGGGCAGGUAGGAGACCUGCUAUGAGCCAAGGAGGGUGAGGGGGGGUCCUACCACACAACCAUGGACCUGCAGUCCUGGGCUUCCCAGCUCACGGCUGACCUGCCAGAGGUGCUGUCUGGGGACCACCGUGCUCUGGUGUUGCACAAAGGAGGCGCUCCCUCUCCUGCCGCUCCUCCCCCAAGAACCUCCUACCUCAUCAGGCCUGUUCAAGAGGGAGGUGCCACCAGCCGGCUGGGCUACAUGGGCUUUGAUGCCAUGGCUGAGCUGGAGACCAUGAAGGUCGGGCCACAGCUGGUGCAGCUGGUGUGGCAGAGGCUGGUGGACAGGACCGCCACACUGGUCGUUCUGUGCUGCAACCCUGGCAGCUACUCCACGGUGGUGCCCCUGCUCUGUCCUACUUUUGUGAGGCAGAGCCAGCACAGAGCUACCUCGAGGGUCACAGAGGCAACCCUGCCCCAGGUGCCUGGUCAGCUAGGCCCCCACAAGGACCUGUACGUCCUGAUGAGCCCCGGCAGGUCGGCAGCCGAGGCUUUUGCUCACACCAUGCAGGACCUGUGGUGGGCCACCAUCAAUGGGAGCACAGCUGGAGGGACGCUCUCUGUGGGCAUCUACCAAGUAGACAGAAGUCCCUUAUAUGCCUCCAUGCCCAUGCAGUUGGCCCUGAGCGCCAGCAUUGGUGAGGCCUGGGACCUGGCAGGAGUAGAGUACGAUGUCACAGUGCCGUGAGCCAGGCCCUCUCCACCCCCGGGACAUAGCGGGUGCCUCCUAGGUGCCCCAUGUGCUAAGACCACCGGGAAGCUGGUUCCCAAUAACUAUGCCUCUCCUGACGUGGCUGCCAAACUGAGUCAUCUGCAGAGCCGUUACUCGAGGGCCCAGACACCAGCCCUGUGCCUCUUCACCACCUAUCACCACCACCCUCAUAUCCUUUCCCUUAAAGUAAUUGAAGACCUGGUCAAGUCCUUCCACACUAACAUGCUUGAGGACAACAUUGGCUACUUGAGGUCUGACAUGUUUGGAGACUGUGAGCUGCUCACCCAGGUCUCAGAGCUGCUGGUGGAGCAUAUCGGGAAGAAGAUUGUACACAAGGACGCCAUGAUUAUUGACAUGAGGUCAGACUUAGGCGUGCUCCCCAUGGUACCCCCACUAGAUCCUCGCAACCACAGGCCUGAGCCUGUGAUGGAGGCCCCACCUGAGGACUGCAAGCUGCAGCACAGAUUGAAGAAAUCCUGA